GACUGAACACUACCAGUGCAGUAGCAGAACAUAUGGUCUCCAUAGCUAGACUACCUCGGACUCAACUCAGGAGGGCAACCACCAACGCCCCACCAUCAAACAUCCUUCCGUCACCGUCCAGCAGAACCGCUUCGACUCCGCUCAUAAACUCCCCACAUAGAUGUGGAGAGCAUUCCAAUCACACACACCAACAAGAUUCAUACCUCAACUAUUCUAUAUUGAACCCAACCAAUCAAUCGCUGGCUGAACCUUCUGACUUCUCCUCUACAUCAGAUUCCUUCUACAACAGCCUAUUCACCCAUCUGAGGUUACUCACCAACUUAUCUGAAGCCGAAAAGGUUCAUGGUGUUUUGGUGGUCCAUGGCUUCUUCCACCCCUGUAGAACCGAUUCAAUGCUAGGUGCUCAACUUGUUAACGUCUAUGUUGGUUUUGAUCGUCUUCAAGAGGCUCUACUAGUCUUAGAUCAACUUCCUCAAAAGAACAAUUUCGCUUGGAAUGCUAUACUUAGGAAACUGGUCGAUAUUGGCCAUUUCUCGGAUGCAUUGGUAUUCUACCACUCCAUGCUUAGAGAAGGCUCCAUACCUGAUAAUUUCACUUACCCACUUGUCCUAAAGGCUUGUUCCGGAUUAUUCGCACUUGAAGAAGGCAGAAGGAUAAAGGUGAUGAUCCAAUUCAAUGAGAGUCGGUACAAGAUAAAAUCCAAUAUCUUCGUGGCAUGUGCCAUGAUCGAUAUGUUUUCCAAAUGCGGCAGCUUAAGCGAAGCACGUAGGAUAUUCGACGGAAUGCCCAGCAAAGAUUUAGUCUCGUGGAGUGCGAUGAUCUGUGGGAUGGUGCAGAAUGGGGAAUGGUUUGAAGCUCUAUGCCUAUUUCGAAGGAUGAUAUUAGAAGGAUGGAGACCUGAUUCGGUGAUUGUAGCGACUGUUCUUCCAGCCUGCGGUAGGUUGGGUGCUCAGCAACUGGGAAUGGCCUUGCAGGGCUUUGCCGUGAGGAGUGGCUUUGGUGGCGAUCUUUAUGUUUCCAACGCCGUGUUAGACAUGUACUGUAAAUGUGGGGACACCCACGAAGCCUGCCGUGUAUUUUGCGGCAUGAUAAACAAAGAUGUGGUCUCUUGGAGUACCCUGAUCGUGGGCCACACUCAGAACUCAGAGUAUUGCGAUGCUCUGAAGUUGUACCUUGAGAUGAAGACUAUGGGUAUUAGAAGCAAUGCAGUCAUAGUGACUAGUGUCCUACCUGCGUUAGCAAACCUCAAACUGUUGAGACAGGGGAAGGAGAUGCACAACUAUGUCCUUAGACACGGGCUUGAAUCAGAUACUUUUGUUGACAAUGCAUUGAUUGAUAUGUAUGCCAACUGUGGGUCAAUGAGAGAAGCAGGUUUCACCUUUGAUAUGAUGUCAGAUAGAGACAUAACAAUAUGGAACUCGAUGAUUGUUGGGCAUGCUCUAAAUGGGAAUGUUGAUUCAGCCUUUAGGAUCUUGCGCAGGACCCAAGAAACUAAACUAAGACUGAAUUCUGUUAGCAUUCUGAGCAUCCUUCCAUUGUGCACCAGAAUGGGGACACUGAGACAGGGAAAGGAGAUCCAUUGUUAUGCAACUAGAAGCAGUCUUGUAUCUCGAGUUUCGGUUGGGAAUACUCUGAUAGACAUGUACUGUAAAUGUGGAUAUUUAGAACUCGGAAUGAGGGUAUUCAAUCAAAUGGUAGAGACAGAUAUUGUAACAUUUAACACUAUCAUUGCUGCAAAUGGGAUUCACGGAUAUGGGGAGGAAGCUUUUUCAUUCUUUGAUCAGAUGAGAGAUGCGGGAAUCAGGCCCAAUAAAGUCACUUUUAUAGCACUCUUAUCGGCUUGUAGUCAUGCAGGUCUGAUGGACAGAGGCUGGUUUUUAUACAACACCAUGGUCUAUGAUUAUGGCAUUCUGCCUGACAUGGAACACUACGCAUGCAUGGUGGAUCUUUUAGGCAGAUCAGGGCACCUUGAUGAUGCUUGGGAAUUCAUAAGAAGGAUGCCAGUGGAGCCAAACAUUGAUGUUCUGGGGAGCCUUCUUGGAGCUUGUAGAGUUCACAAUAGGGUUGAGCUUGCUGAGCUGGUGUUGAGGCGAAUUUUCCAAAAGAAUCCUGAAGAUCCGGGCUAUUAUGUUCUUUUAUCCAAUAUAUAUGCUUCUUCAGAAAGAUGGGCAGAUGCAUCAAAGGUCAGGGCAAUGAUAAAAUAUAAGGGCUUGCUAAAGAGAGCAGGAAAUAGCUGGAUCCAGAUCGGUUGUCAUGUUCAUUCAUUUAGGGCUAGAGAUCGGAUUCACCCAGAGUCCCAGAGAAUCCAAGAGGUUUUGGAGAGCUUGAUCUUGGAGAUGAAAGAUGAAGGAUAUCUGCUAGAUUUAAGCUGUUCUUCUCAUGGCAUCAUUGAAGAUGAUGAAUUGGAAGGUGAAAUCCAUUUAUGAUCUCAUUGUCUUGUGAAACCAUUAUCAGCGACUGAUGAAGUAUUUUACGUGUGCAUACAUUUGGCAGAGGAUAAUACUCCAUAGAACAUUCAUCUAUAACAAGGAUAAAGAAGAUAGAUAUGAAUUUAUUGAACUGGCAAUCUUCAAAGAGGUCACUUUUUGAGAAGUCAUUGAUGAAACGUUUUCAAAUCAUCCAAUUGGCAAGAUCGACUAGAAUGGGUGUAAA